AUGGCUUUCAAGUUUACCAGCUCUGUGCUCAUCCUGGCUGCGCUAGCAGCUGUCUCUGUGGCGGAGCCGGCGCGUCUGCGCAGUCGCUCAUCCCGUUUCCGUUUGGCUCGCCAGGAGGAGGCACCGCCAGCACCUACAGAUCCAGCUGUGGACAUUGCACCAACGCCCGCUUCGGCGCCUUAUCCACCUGCAGGUGUCACGCCCGCCAUAGCUUUUGAUCUACCCACUGAGACGGAGACCGAAGCGCAGCCCGAUUUGACUUAUGGCCCACCCGAUAACACUUAUGGCCCACCCGCCGAGCCGGACAACACCUACGGUCCACCUGCCGAGCCCGACAACACCUAUGGACCACCUGCUGACACUGCAGCUGAUCUGGGCCAAGAUGAUGAUCUGGCUCCAGCCGAUGCUGAUCCAGCCUCAGAGCCCAUUCCCGCUAGCCUGAUCCUUGCACGCAGCGGCCGCCUGCGCAGUCGCCGUCCAGUGUCAGAGAAACUGCGCUCCGCUCAGAUCAUACGCUCUAAGCCCAUCCUGGUCUAUACCAUCUAG